CCCUGUGAGAAAUAUAUAAAAACCUAAACCUCAUUCUCUAUCUGUGUUUCCAGCCGACGCCGCUUCAUCGGAAUCAUCGCCGUUGGCAUUCUCCGGCCGUCUUCAAGAUGUGGCAUCACAAAAAUACAUUGUUCGGCAAAUACGAGAUCGGAAAGCUCCUCGGUUGCGGCGCCUUUGCCAAAGUCUACCACGCAAGAUCCAUCGCCACCGGCCAGAGCGUGGCAGUAAAGGUCAUCAAUAAGAGCAAAAUCACAAACACUUCCAACAUCAAGAGGGAGAUCUCAAUCAUGCGCCGUCUCCACCAUCCUCACAUCGUCAAGCUCUACGAAGUCCUCGCCACCAAAUCGAAGAUCUACGUUGUAAUCGAGUUCGUCAAAGGCGGCGAGCUCUUCACCAGAGUCGCCAAGGGAAGAUUCGACGAGGAAACAGGACGGAAAUAUUUCCAACAGCUGAUUUCAGCUGUCGGAUUCUGCCAUUCACGGGGGAUUUACCACCGAGAUCUUAAACCAGAGAAUAUAUUGAUCGACGAAAAUGGGUAUCUGAAAGUAUCUGAUUUCGGCCUCAGCGCCGCUACAGAUCAGAUCCGACAGGACGGUAUGUUGCACACCAUUUGCGGCACGCCGUCCUACGUUGCACCCGAUAUUCUCGUGAAGAAAGGAUACGACGGGGCGAAAGUGGAUAUUUGGUCAUGCGGCAUCAUCCUCUACGUUCUGACGGCUGGAUAUCUUCCUUUCAAUGAUCCCAACUUAAUGGAAAUGUAUAGGAAGAUUUACAAAGGGGAAUACCAAUGCCCGAAAUGGAUGUCCUCUGAUCUUAAACGUUUCCUGUCUCGUCUUCUCGACACCAACCCUGCUACAAGGAUCACCGUUGAUCAGAUCUUCCAGGAUCCCUGGUUCAGGAAGGAUUACAAGGAGGUUUCCUUUCCGGCGAGCGAUGACCAAUUCACCCUCAAGCCGGACGAGGAAGACAGGACCGGGUUUUCACUCAACGCGUUCAACAUCAUAUCGUUCUCCUCCGGCUUGGACCUGUCCUGUCUAUUCGACGACUCCAGCAGCUCGGAAAACGACGGGGAACGAUUCGUGUCGACGGAAGCACCGGAGAAAAUCGUGGAGAAAGUGGAGGAGGUUUUAAAGGGUGAAACGGGGCUGAUUUUGAAGACGAAUAAGAACUGGGGUUUGGAAAUCGAAGGUGAAAAGGUAAAGUUCAGAAUGGAAUUGGAAGUUUAUCGGCUGAUCGAUAAUUUAGCAGUGGUGGAGGUACGCCGGAGAAUGGGUCAUGUAAAACUGUUUAAUGAGCUCUGGGGAGAGAAAAUAAAACCCAACUUAGUUUCCGCCGCCGGCCAAAACGAUCCCCCUCCGGCGAGAAGUUUGUAAACCUGAUCAAAAGAAAAGAUCCUAUUUUGAACUUUCUUACUUAUGGCGGGUUCUUAAGAAUGUAUUAUAAUAUACAUUAUUCAAAUGGAAAAGGGUAAAAUCUGCCAAAAAGGAGAAUGUUUAAGAACAAUUUUACUGAGUGUUUGUUUAUAUUAUUACUAAUUACUAUUA